CGGCUAGCCGGCGCGCUCGGCGACUUGUUGAGAGGCGCCGCUCUUCCGCGCUCGCUCGCUCUCGCUCUCUCCCAUGGAGGAGGACGUUCUGGACAAACUCGAGGACAUGGCGUCGGUGCAGGACUUCGACCCUCUCACGGGCAGCAUCCCGGCCACCAAAGUGGAGCUCACGGUCUCUUGCAGGAAUCUUUUGGAUAAAGAUACAUUCUCCAAGUCUGACCCAUUAUGUGUGCUGUAUACUCAGGGCAUAGAGACCAAGCAGUGGAGAGAGUUUGGCAGGACUGAAGUCAUUGACAACACCUUGAACCCCGACUUUGUGCGGAAGUUCAUCCUCGAUUACUUUUUUGAAGAGAAGCAGAAUUUGCGCUUUGAUCUUUAUGAUGUAGAUUCCAAGAGUCCUGACCUGUCCAAACAUGAUUUCCUUGGUCAAACAUUCUGCACUCUGGGAGAGAUUGUUGGAUCACCAGGAAGUCGCUUGGAGAAGCCUUUGAUGAUGGGAGCAUUUACAUUACAUUCCAAAACUGGGAAACCUAUGCCAUCUGUCUCCAAUGGAGGAAUUCCGGGGAAAAAAUGUGGCACCAUCAUUCUGUCAGCUGAAGAACUGGGCAACUGUAGGGAUGUAGCCACAAUGCAGUUCUGUGCCAACAAGCUGGACAAGAAAGACUUCUUUGGGAAAUCAGACCCUUUCAUGGUAUUCUUCAGAAGUAAUGAAGAUGGAACAUUUACCAUUUGUCAUAAAACUGAAGUAGUGAAGAACACUCUGAAUCCAGUAUGGCAGUCAUUCGCUAUCCCUGUGCGAGCCUUGUGUAAUGGAGACUAUGACAGAACCAUAAAAGUAGAGGUGUAUGACUGGGAUCGAGAUGGCAGUCAUGAUUUCAUUGGAGAAUUUACAACCAGCUAUAGAGAACUGGCACGAGGACAAAGCCAGUUUAAUGUCUACGAGGUGGUAAAUCCCAAAAAGAAAAUGAAGAAAAAGAAAUACUCUAAUUCAGGAACAGUAACAUUGCUGUCAUUUGCCACAGAAUCAGAACAUACGUUUCUAGAUUACAUCAAAGGAGGGACACAGAUCAAUUUCACAGUGGCCAUUGAUUUCACAGCUUCCAAUGGCAAUCCUUCUCAGUCUACCUCCCUUCAUUAUAUGAAUCCAUACCAGCUCAAUGCGUAUGCCAUGGCACUGAAGGCUGUUGGGGAGAUCAUCCAGGACUAUGACAGUGAUAAAAUGUUCCCAGCACUUGGGUUUGGAGCCAAGAUUCCCCCCGACGGGCGUGUGUCUCAUGAGUUCCCCUUGAAUGGCAACUGUGACAAUCCUCACUGUAGUGGAAUAGAAGGAAUCCUUGAAGCGUAUCACCAGAGCCUCAAGACUGUGCAGCUUUAUGGUCCAACUAACUUUGCACCAGUGGUCAACCAUGUGGCUGGAUAUGCCUCGGCUGUGCAGGAUGGCUCCCAGUAUUUCGUUUUGCUGAUCAUCACGGAUGGUGUGAUAUCAGACAUGGCUCAGACAAAAGAAGCAAUUGUCAAUGCUGCCAAACUUCCAAUGUCUAUAAUAAUUGUGGGUGUUGGACAGGCUGAAUUUGAUGCAAUGGUGGAAUUAGAUGGAGAUGACGUUCGGAUCACAUCUCGUGGAAGGACUGCUGAACGUGAUAUUGUCCAGUUUGUACCGUUCCGUGAUUACAUUGACCGCACAGGAAACCACGUCUUGAGUAUGGCACGGUUGGCUAAGGACGUGCUGGCUGAGAUUCCAGAUCAGUUCAUCUCCUACAUGAAGGGGCGUGGCAUCAAGCCUAAUCCAGCUCCACCUCCUUACUCUCCCUCAAGCCACACCCUUCAGACCGAAAUCUGAAGAUCGGGAAAGAAAAGAGUAAUUUGAGAGAGAAAGAGAGAGAGAGAGAAGCAUCGAAACACCUAGUCACUCUUCGGGGUCUACUUAUCUGUUUUCUGGGGCCAGUGAUCCAGGCAGGAUCGACACCAGAGUGAGAAAAUCCACAACGUGUUCUUUUUCCAAAAAGUUCAUAUUGAGAACUGUUUAUGCUGAAAUGUUAGCAUAACGAUGUGUUUAACUCACAGACAUUUCCAUUUGGGAAACAGCAAAAAUGGGAGGGGGUGUUUUUUUAAAAAAUGGACACACUCAAUCAUAGGCAAGCGUCCUCAUUUCCUUUCCUCAAAGUAACCAAGAUGGAGUCUAGUAUGUCUUCGGGAAGUUACAUGAUUCAUUUUGCUUAUGGUAUAUGUGAUGGAUUUCCAUAAAUCUUCCAAGCAUCCCUUUCCCCUCCCCCUUCCAGCAUCAAGAAGUUUUGAAUUAUUGGAAUUUUUUAUAACCUGUGUAUCAUCUGCCUGCCACAUUAGGCCUUCUGUCUUUCCUUCGUAACAGCUCAACUUCUGGAUUGACUUGGCAGGCUAAAUAUUGUGAUUGAGUAUCUGUUUGAUGUCCUGUUGGUGCUGCUACUAUUUCUUGUACUGAACCCCAUCCCUAGCUUGCCCAAUUCCCUUCAUUGUUUGUAAAUCUGCUUUGGCAAUAUUUGUGCAGGCUUGGAUUGUUUAUUAGUAUAUCUUAAUUUUUCUAAAGCUGCAGUUUCCGGUAUCUACCUGGAAACCAAUUUCUCUCUUGACUUUGAUAUCUGACAUUUCUGUGUGGGGCAUUAAUGAUGUAUUUGGAACAUCAGAGAAGAAAAUUAAAACUGAGCCAGAUUUGUUUAAAUACCUUAUUGCAGUUUUGCCUAGCAGGUUAGCAAUAUAAAACAUUAACAACAAUCUACUCAUUCAGAGCAAAUGUAGAGCUGCCACAUGAAAACAUGAAACUAUCCAAAUUUCAUAAUUUGCAAAUGCAAUCCAGUACAGAGUCCCCAGCAAUUUCUCAACAGUUCAUUCUUUUCUGGAGGAAAGUUUGAAGGGAUUGUGGAGAUCUUCAACCUUAGGGCAGAAAUCCUCUUGCCAUCCCUGAUAAAUGGCUAUUCAAGCUUUGCUUGAAAACCUGCAGUGAUGGAGACCCUAUGAGCCACAUUAUGCUUAGCCAGGCAGAUAGUCCAAUCUUUUCACUAAGACCAGACAGAAAGCCUCUUUGGAUUCUGCUCAUGAAUAAUUUCCCUCGGAGGCAGCAAGUAAACUUCCUCUUACUCAUCAUUGUUUGCCCAUCUUAAGAUUCCUUCCAGUUCUCCAAUUUUUGCAUUUCUAUUAUGAUCCAUAGGGAUGUGGUGGCUCUGUGGCUAAGACGCUGAGUUUGUCGAUCAGAAAGGUUGGCAGUUCAGUG